AUGUUUAUUCAGGUACCCGAUUCUGUGAACAAAUCCCUCAAAAGAGGCCAUGUUCCUAGAACACAGAUUCACUAUCCGAGAUAUUCCUUUCAAAAUCAAGUCGCUGUUAACGCUGUUUGGAUAGGCAGCGCUAACUCCGGCGUACACGAGUCACGAAACAUGCUAGUUGGUGGACACGAUCACUGCAAUUGUGGAGCAGAGCAAGUGAGACCCGCAGUUGGUCCCGGCUGGAUCCCGUGGAAUCCCGCGAUGGUACCCACCCACGAACAACACCGAAUGUGUCGAGAACUUUAUAGUAAUUUAGUUUGUCCACAAAGCGCAGUUACGAGGGAAAGCAUAGUUAACCAAAACAGGCAGAAUUUUUUUACCAUAAAAGAAGAAGUGUCAGCUGACAAAGAGGAUGAGUGUAGUGAAGAAGAUGAUAUCGAAAGCAUAGGAUCGCCGCGCUCAUUAGCUUCUUCAGGCUCCACCAGCAGUCGCGAUGAUACCUUGAUUAACCUCAGCUCAGAGUUGUUGAGCUCGUCAGGGGCACAAGCACCUGCUGCCAAGCCACGCUCCCAACAGGUAAACCCCUGGGGUAAGGCUUCAUACUCUGACCUUAUCACAAUGGCCAUAACAUCCACGGACGACAAUAUGAUGACUUUAUCAGACAUUUACAGUUGGAUUGUCAAGAACGUGCCGUAUUUCAACGACAAAGGAACUUAUUUAUCAGUGCAGGGUUGGAAGGUAGGUCUAAGACAGUUCGGUAUUAUGUAACACCACACUUGUUUUUCGCCUCACUGCUAACAGUUCUCCAAACCUCUUCACACGGCAGUUGUUAAAUUUGCGUUUAGGUCUUCAAACACGCACAAUUUAACAGUUAAAUAGCCUUAAGGUUAGACAGUACAUACCCACCUUACAUUUUAUUGGGAUAAGAAAACCAAAAAAGAUCCGAAAAGCUCAUUACUUAAGUCACUCUUAUGUCUAACGAAAUUGUCGCUGAGUUACUGCCCUUAAUAAAGCAAAUUUAAUUUUUUCAUAUUAAGUCACCCUCCACUAAGCAUAUUAGGAAUACCUUUCGCUUUCAUUUGUUGUAUUUAGAAUAUUUUAUUCAAUUGCUGCUAGUUUACUUAAAAAAGAAAUUUAAAGAAUUCUUCUAGAAUUUUAUUGUAAAAUCCUUUUAACGUCAGUUUUUUCAUUUUUUCACGGGAGAGGCUAAGCUAUUUUCUACAACACGUUGUUGGAAAACGAGCUAUAAUGAUAGUUUUCAAAAGGAAGGAAAACCAGGAUUUCGCCCUUGAACGUGGGAAAAAAAACGCAACCUUAGAAGAAUAAUUCAGAAUAUUUACUGAAAUUGGGAUCUUAGAGAACUUGGCAUAAAAUUAAGAUUGUACAAAACUAAUGUUUAGUUUUAAAAAAAAGUAAAUGAAUAAAUACAAAUAACCAGGUAAUUGUUUGGAUUUGGAUUUGGACCAAUAUGUCACCAUUGGUUUAAUUUACGCAGUCAAGAAACAAAGGAAUAUUUAUAUUUGUGUGAUUCGUGACCAAGAAACUGAGUACUGGGUUGACCAACGGAAUACUUAAAACAGACAUUUCCGAGGCUGUUUUCCGCUCUCGUCUCGGGUUUAAGUCUUCCUGUGUACGUUGCGAUAAUUUCUUCUUCAAUAAAAAAAGCAAAACCGAUGUUUUAUGGCAUUUAUGAUUGCAACAGUAUCAGUUACUGCUAAAUUCGUCUUAAAGUAAAUCAGGGCAUUUUCUUAUUGUUGGGGUAAACGCCUGAAUUAACGAAAUUUUCUCGCUGGUUCCAAAUCAUCGUCGAUUGCCUUCCAUUGCCUGUAAUUUUUGUGAGAGGAAAGCCUCAAAGCUUCUAAAUCCUCCAGCAAUCCUUUUGUCUCUUUGAAAUCUAGGAAGAGUUGAAUUUCUUUUUGAAAAGUCUAGGAGAAGCGAUGUGCAACACGGUAGAACCGAGUGCUCUAGUAAACCAUUCGUGACAACAUCAACUAUUCACGUCAUAUGACAACUGCAGUUUAAGAUGAUUCCGAAAUGAAUUACAGAAGUUGACAGAGGGCAUAGGAAACUUUUUUCUAUGUGCAACUGAAACUAAAACCGGCUAAGAACGAAACGGCCGUUUUCGCUGAUACAUAUUUCUUUCUUAAUGAUGGAGGAUUUCUUCAUUGAAUCUGAUCAUUUCAAAAAUGAAGUCAAUGAAGUGAGGGAAAAAUAUAAACUUAGAACGCGGACUUCCUACGUUAAGGUCUCAUGACGCAUCCCUGACAAUAUCGUAAGCACUCUCUUCUACAAAGAAACGUUUUAAACUGAAACGCGCCAUAAAGUUUUGCCAACGGCAAGAAAUUUCCAGAACUUGUUCAUUCUUUAGAACCGCAUUGUUUUCUCUUGAUAAACACAUAAAUUAGCUGUAAUUCACGUUCUUGUGCUGAGUCAGUUAAAGCUAGAGAUAGUAAACACAAUGAAACUUAUUACAACAGGAAGUAUAAGGUCAGGGCAUAUUUAACGAUGAUAUCGAACUUAGCUCAAAUUUAGUACUACCUUAGCAAUGACAACGCAUUUUAUCUAUUUUUUUUUUCAACACGUGUGCGCGUCUUGUGAGGUCGUACUAAAAUAACCUCUAUUACAGAACUCUUAUAGUGAUCUAGUUUUAAUUUUGGCCCGCGCGUAGGGUGAAUUGAUUCUGUAGCCAGCCAAAGUAGUGGGAGUUUUAAAUAUACCUGACUAGAUUUAAGUUUAAUUAUCUUAAGGCAACAUUUCAAUGUAGAUUUAAGCUGUGCAUACUGACCUCGCUCUUUAGGUUACAUUUAAUCUAUCAUAUUAUCAUCAACUUAACAUCAUCUAGAAUCAUCAUUAGGUGCAAACCACUCGAAGUUGGUCGAUUGUCUUAGAUGUCUACGUCAAAUGUUCUUUCCCCAACCUCCCACACUUGUUAUAAUUCAUCUUCUUCAAGUCCUCCAUAUUAUUCACCUAUUGUCAUGUGCUGUAAUGUAAUGUUACGGAUGAGAGGGCAAACGUACGUGUACUAGUUAACAUUAUAUAAGCGAAUACUAAGCUAGUCAGGACAUCAACAUGCAAGAGCGCUAGCCACUGGCUUCCGCUAUCGGUCUAUUUAUUAGCUUGUAAACAGUAACCCACUCAACCCAUCAUAUGUAUCCUAUAAUAAUAAUCAACAUUAUAUCUUAUGAUAAAUCUAAAAAUCAUUUUCUCUCUCGACAGAACGCGGUACGUCACACUCUAUCGCUCAGAAAGCGUUUCGUUCGAGUCCCAGACCCCAAGCGACCAUACAAGUCGAUGUGGACAAUUUCGGACGAUUAUCAACGAAACCAUCUAAAAGACAAACAGAGGCACUUAAAGAUGAAAAGAAGAAGUGAGAAUGCGCAAGGAAGUAGUCAAACAAUGGAUUUAGAUGAGGCAGCGUCUUGAAAGAGCCAAGAUGACUUAGCAAAAUGAUUAAGGCAACAGAACUAUGAUCUGUGAUCUCCUCCUAUCCGAGCCAAUUCUAUAGGAAAGAAAAAUAAGAAAAACCCGUUCAAUGACGAGAUCAUAGACGUAGGGAGCUCUGUCAUGAAACUCUGAGUAAGAGAUUAGCAACAAACAAAGAUAUCUUAAGAUUGAAAAAAAAUAUUUAUUCACCAAACCAAUUGUUUGGUAAAAUGGAAAACUACCAGAAAGGUAACACAAACACUAAGUACAGAGAAAGGCGAGAAUAAAAAAAAAGAAAAAGAAAAAGAAUUGAGGCCAACUUUUUUAAGAUGGUGACAACGUGACAUAGCUCCUUAACAAAAGUUGGCGGAUUGUUUUCUUUCUGAGAAGCUAGAAAAAAAUCCACCCUGGGAAUGGCAGGGGAUUGAGAAGCGGCGGUGAGGGGAGCGGGGUGGGGGCAGAGGUACUGUGGAUUCAACGUGACGGGAUAAUCAGUUGGGGCAGAAAUGCAAACAAAACAGCAGCCUUGGCUCUAAAAGCGAGAAAUGUAAUAUCCCCAUAACUAAAACACCCGAAUCCCAUUUUUCUCGAGUCUCGAGCCUCUCGCAUGCAAAUAAAAGAUCGUCCUAUCCGACCAAAAAUCUCAAAAUAGCAAAUUGCGAACCAAUAAAACUUAUUAUUAUUUAUUAUUUUCAUCAUCAUCUUCAUCAUCAUCAAAAAAAUUCAAUCAGGAGUAUUCCCCACCCACACCACCCUGGGAAACACAACCCACCUUUUUAGCUCUGGUUAGAGGAAACCAUCGUACCAGACUUAAAAGUCAAUGGACAAUAUUUUUGAAAUGUGCAUUUACCACUUACAUGCAUGCGCUGUAUUUGUUAUCAUUAAGGUUAUGUGUAAAUAUUAGUGUCUAGUAUUGUAUUUUUAUAAUUGUUAACUGUUAAUAGUAGAAGGCAAAUUAUAAAAGGAAAUUAUUUUAAUUUGUAAUUAUAUAAAUUAUAUGAUAUAUAAAACAAACCGUAGAAAAGAGAUUUAUCUUUUAUAUCAAAGAUCUGCUUGUAUAAGGCGAGAUGUUAUAAAAGUAAAUAUAUAUUUGUCUUGUUAUAAUAAAUGCGAUGAGCCUCAGU